GAAAGCAGUGUCAAAUGGUACGAAGAUAUUCUCUUAUUUAGUACAUACAGAUAUAUUGUGUAUAUAUAUUCUGCUUAUUUUAAAGGUUUUUUUUCUUGAUUGAUUUCUUUAUUUGUGUUGAUAUUUAAUUCUCAUUACAGUCCUGUAAUAAGUCUCUAUUGUUAAGAGGUGCGUGUGGCGCCCCCUUGUGGCGCUGCUUUGUCACUCGUGUGGGCGGAGACAUUCUGUGUUGUGUGCAAUCAGACCCCCAAUAGAAGCUAACAGCCCUGUAUACUUGAGUCCUAUCUAUCUUCAAAGAGUCGCUUAUUCACAGUUCCAAGACGUCGUAGGUCACCUUCAUAUGCGUAAGAUGGUUGUUUUGUCCAAUGAUCGACAUGAAGAACAGGAUCUCAUCCUGAUAGAGGAGCGGCGUUGUUCCUCCCUGCCCGGCUCCCCGGCCAAGCGCGUCUCCUCGGCCCGGAAGAAGCAGUUCUACAUCAGCAAGGCCAACCGCAACUCGGAGCUCACGCCCCGCGCCAAGGGCAAGAAGAGCCUGCAGCGCCUGGAGAACUCCCUCCACCUGGCCAACCUGUUGGAGAAGGAGGAAUGCUGUGUGGAGGAGCUGGAGGUUGGCUCCCACCCCGCCCUGCCCUCCAUCUUCACGGAGGCCUGCACCAACGAGUGCUACGCCGAGCACUGGGACGACUUCAUGAACCGCUCGGGGGAGGAGCAGGAGCGACUGCUGGCCCUGCUGGAGCAGGAGGCCCGGAAGAGCAAGAGCCGACUCCUCAAGGAGCAGAUCAACGUGGCGGACGUGUUCCCCGCUCAGGCCUGCUUCCUGCGCAUCGACCGACGCCUGCGCUGCAGUCUGAGACGCAAGCAGAUCCCCAUGGGAACUCUGGAGGGGCUGGAGGAGGCCGUGUUGAACUUCUUCAAUGCCCAACCGCACGCCGUCUACACCGCCAAACUGGCCAGCAGCUUUGAGAGACUGCUGCUCCACGCCCUGUGCCAGUACAUGGACCUGGUGUCUGCAAGUUCCGACUGUAACGGCUCUCGUCAGACGGAGGUGGUCAACAAGCAGGAGGACUUCCAGGCCCCAUGCCCGCUGCUCUCGGUGUACCUGGAGAACAUGAGCUGAGGUGGGUGGGGGGCCACGCCAUCGACCACGCCCUCCACCCACAUCGCCUCGCCCUCCAGGGGUUCGAGGUCUUUAUGGGGCAGAGAGAGGUGCUUCGGGUCGAAGCAGCUGGUCUCUAUGUCACUUAGCCUCUACACAAUAAACACAAUAAACACAAUAAACGGUAAACAAAUACGAUUUUACAUUUUAAAUUUUCAAAACUAGUUACAUCAGGACUGAUCCGCACAGACGGAAACACAAACUGGCCUAGCGGGUGUUAUGGGAACCACCUUUUAUCAAAAUAUGCAUCGCAUGAAUAGUUCAGGUCUAUUGUUGUUAUGGGAUGACUAGUAUGAAAUGGCUUGUUGUUGAGACACCAUUACACAUCAAGUUUGUAGCCGGUCAAAUACGUUACACAAUGCCUUUCAUAUUAUUUUUACUCUGUUAGGUUUUCCUUUUUUCUGGGGGGGGUUUCGCGAUUUUGCUGGUUUCUUUUUGUGGAGGAAAGCUAAUCUUCCGCAAAGGCUUUAAUGGAUAUGGCUUUCCCUCUCUCUUUGGAGAGAUGCUGACGAAGUUAGGCAUUUGGAGCGAAUGUUGCGGUGGAGAGAUCUGAUUUGUUACAAACAGAUUAUUUCCACACUUACAUUUACCAAACUAUUUCUUGAUUGCAUUGCAGUAGAUGUGUUCACUUUUUUAGACACUAUUUAUGCUUAUUCAACCGCCAUAAAAACAUCUCCACUCUUACAUAUCGACAUUUUCACCGCUUGAAUUGCAUGUCGUGAAUUAGGGCUGAACGAUUAAUCGAAUUCAAAUCGAAAUCGCGAUGUAAUACAACGCGAUAUGCAAAAUCGCAAAGGCUGCAAAAAAAUGAUUAUUUAUUACCGUUACUGAGUGGAAAUCAGUACGAUUCAUUUAUUUUAAUUUUUAUUUUACAAUUCAAUAGUUAAAUAAAGAAGGGUAUUAUAUAAAUUAAUCUCAAUACAUCGGCCUGGCCUAAAUGAAAGAGCAGUUUUUAUGUUGACUGCUUCCAAUGUUGUGUUUGUCAUACUAAAGAAUGAUUUAUUAAUUUUUUUUGGUGAAUAAUACAAAACAUAAGAACCUUCAUAAAUUAUAAAAAUCUUACAUUAAAUCGCAGUCGCAAUAUUGGUCAAAAACAUCGCAAUUAGAUUACUUCCCCAAAUCGUUCAGCCCUAUCGUAAAUACAUCAUAACACAACCAUAUACUAGCACUUGGGCCUUAUGAAUGCAGAUGAUGCAUGUCUAUGUUUUUCUGUUUAUAUAUUUCUACAUUUGUACUGUCUAGCUUUUUGAACAACAUUGCGGUUAUUUCCAAACCAUCGAUUUACGGAACGUCCUGUACGGUCUGUGACGGUGCUAGACACGAGAGCUGGCAGUUCAUCUCCAACCAAAGUGUGUCCAUUUCCCCUCCUAGGGGGCUCCAUUCUCUCAGGCUUUCUGUGUUUACACCUUGAAUGUCAUGUAAUAUUUUCACUGUGUGUGCAAUGUGUGUGCAAACUAAGUUAUGAAAUCUUACAAACAGGAACGUUUUGAAUAUCACAAACCCAAACCGACAUUGGGUUGUCGUUUUUUUGGUUUUGUUUUUCAAACCGUUUUUGUACGUGGAACUUUACGUCGAAAGCUUUAUUUAGCGAGGCUGUAAAUAUUCAACUGAAAGACACGAGUUGUUUACGAUUGUUCCAACUGCCAAAGUCGUUUUUUAAACUUGGUUUGUGUUGAGUCAUGCCAGAGUGUAUGUGUACAUCACUAGAUAUUUAUACAUGUAUCACAACAGACGGUUUGAAGGGCUACGCAUUCCCCAGUCUAACCACGGCUUCUGAAUGCAACCACAGCCAACCUACAGCCCCCCUGGUUUUAAUAAACGUUAACGUAACUAUCCGAA